CAUGGACUAGAGACGUCAACACAAAAAAACCCCUAGCUCCACACCUGCUCCCCUCCUCAAUCUAGCGGCAACACUUGAUUCUUCUUCUUCUGCACCAGAAACAUCAUGGGAGAAAUAGUUCCAGAAUCAGUAAUGGAGUCGGUCACCAGAACUUCAAACAACUUCAAAGAGUUUAAAACCCAAUUCGCCGAUUUCUUGCCCCUUUGCGACCCGGAUACCCUCUCCGAACUAGACCCUAUUGAGCGUGCUCAAUCUCUACUCUUGCUCGCUAAAGCCACCACUACACUCUUCGCAUUGAAGCUGAGGUGCAAUGGGGUUGACCCAGAUGAUCAUCCUGUCAGAUCGGAACUUGAGAGAUUGAAGUUGUACCAGGAUAAGCUGGAUAAGUGCACUAGUUUGAGUAAAGAGCCCCUACGGCCUUCAACCACUUUAAACUACCAGGCAGCAACGCGUUUCAUCGAGCAUUCAUUACCAGAUCUUACCCCUGACCAAAGGAAAAACAUGAGGGACAUAAGUAGGCGUGAGGGGGUAAACCGUGCGCGUUCAGAGGGAAAUGCUAGCAAGAGAAGGAAGUAUCUUUCAUCUAAUAAAACUUCUGUAAAGACUGCUGCACAGGAGUUUCUUGAAAAAGCAACUCGUGAACUUCUUGGUGAGGAUAAUGGCUCAAUUAAGGGGCCUCUAAAGCCUCGAGAAGAUGAUGAUAAUGACAUGUCACCUGAUCCUUAGGUAUAAUCAGGUGCCACUAUAUAUUCUGCAUGUUUUGUUGAACACUUAUUUUGUUUUCUUUAGUAGGUUCAUAUUCACUUAUGAAUGUAUGUCAUGACUUAUGUAGCAGGAUUUUGUGUUAUAAAAUGGCUAAAUUGCUGCCAAAUCUGUUUUUGUUUCAACAA